AUAUAUGAGUGGGAGAGGGAGAAGAAGGAGGAGGAGGAGAAGGAGGGGGGGAGCAAAUUAAAAGUUGCCAAAUGGAGAUAUUGGGUUUCAAGAGGAGUGAGACAGGAGUAAAAGGGUUUGCCUCUUUGAGUCGUCUUUAUGUUUUGCUAAUCGGGAUUAAUAUAUAUAUGGGGCUCGACGCCGUGUAGUCCCGGAGCCUUUUCCGACCUAUUCCGCGCCGACAAACAGGCGUCGUCGUCGGGUCGACAGCGCGGCUAGCUAACCCCUUCGAGAACAGGCCGAUGUUUUUUUUUUCUUUCCUUCCUUUUCUUAAAUGUUACGAAGCGUUCACCUCCCUCAUGUCCCGACAUAGACCCGACGAGCUGGGUACGAGAAAGAAACGCGUCGACAUAUCGAGACAAAUGUGACGUUUGUUUUUUUUCCCUCAUGCUGGCAGAUAGAGAAGGACAAAUGAAAGCCUUCCCCACACCAGAGAAAGAAAGAGCACGUCAGCGAGCGACCAGCCACACAAGGCUGGACGACGGGCGGGUUUUUUUUUUUUUUUCUUGUGGGGUGCUUUUGCUUUUGAAUGCGAUUAUCCAUUCUGUCGAUUCAGUCUAUUUUUGGACAUUAAAAACUUUGCGAGCUGUACGUUAGACGGGCUUAUACUGAAAAACCAAACGGGCGACACCGAGUAGCAGCAGCAGCAGCAGCCGGGGACUAGCUUGGUGUGUUUGCGUCGAGGGGCAUUGUAUGCUAGGGCGGAUUACGGAAGCGGAUUUUUCUGUUUAAAUAUAUAUUUUUAGCUUUAAAUUAAGACAACUUUGCGGAAAAUGUGUUUUUAUUUCGACAAACGCGGAGCUUUAAUCGCUCUGUUUUAAAAAAAAGUCAACCGCCGUCAGAAUUUCAGUUUAAAUUUCUUUAAAACGUCGGUUAACUGGUGACGUUAAUCCCAACGGCUAUAUGUUUGAACCAACGGCUGUGUUUUUUUUUGAAUCAACGGCUGUUUUUUUUUUUAAUCAACGGCUGUGUUUUUGUGGUGGUUGUCACCGUCUAGUUGGAUUAUUUAAAAAGAAAUAAUUGAAGUGAUGUCUUGUUAUUUAUGAACAUACAAACAAACGUCAUUUUGUAGCUUUUUUUUGUGAAAUAAAAUUGCAUAGUUUCCGUUUUUUUUGUCGUUCGGAAAAGUCGACAUUGCCCCCCUCUUCACGUUUGUGGGUUUUUUUUUUGAAGGACAAAGGAGCCCUGUCCUUUCUGACUGAAAUAUAUAGCGUUUUCGAUGUGGAUAUUAAAAAAAACUCGAUUUUAUGUGACAUAACAUGCCUUAUCGUGUUUCUUGGUAUUUAAAAGUCACGUACAAACAGUUCAAACACCAUAUUUUGUGCCCUUCUUUUGUUCUCCCUGAAAUCAAAGAUGGAGGCUGAACGUGGCUCGGUUGUAAAGACAGCCUAUGUCAUGCCCAGGAAACAAAGGGUGUUAAAUGACUGAAUCCAUGCUUCCUGCUGGAAAUCUGUGUCAUGGAUGAUGAGGACGAUCGCCGUCUUCUGGAUAUUUUAGGAGAUGUGGAUGCAUUGAAUGAUUAUCUCCAUGGCAGCAAGUCUAUUGAGGAGGAUGAUGUAACUAAUGCAGCUUAUGGGUCGGAUGGAUCCUUCUUUGCUAGUGACACGACUGGCUCCAACACUGGCCUCAAGGAUGGCUCUUCUUCAAUGGGUGAAUUCGGCGAGGAUUCAGCAGGGGCAGGCCUCCAGCUCUCCAGCAGCCUUUCAUUUAUCGAGGAUGAAUUGGGGCCAGAGACCUCCCCUGGUGGGGUGGAUCUUGGAGGAGAGGACCAGCCCUUCGAUAUCCUACAGAAGUCUCUCAUGGAGGCAGAUAUCACGGAGCAGACGUUGGCCCAGGAGGCCUUACUGGACUCACAGCCCGCUCCCACUCUAGUGCAGGCUCCCGUUCCAUUCCCCUCCCAGCUGGUCUCUGGGGGUUAUGGAGGGGGAGUGGGUAUGGUGACCACGGCGACAGCUGCGUUCCCUGCAGGCCAGUUCCUUCAAGGCGUGUCCCAACUGCCCAAUGGCUCUGCCCAACACAUCCAGGUGUUGGGCUCGUUCGGGACGGGCGGUGGUGUGAUGACUCUGAGCAGCUUGGAGAGAUCUCCUCAGAUUGUGCUGAGGCCAGGGGUGCCUGUAUCUUCAGCAGGUACCCCAACAGGGGGACAGGUGUUUGCCCCUGCCCAAGGGCAGAUAGGCCAAGUCGGUUUACCUUUUAAAAACAUCCCCCUUCAAAACAUCAUCAUCCAGAGAGGCCCGGGAGGGACCCAGACUCUUGUAAGACCUAUCCAGCCUAAGCCCCUUCAAGCUGGGGCCCAGACUGUCUACAGCCUUGGUCUCCAGCCCACCACCAUGGCUAAUGUAGUUAACGCUAACACUGCUGCUCCUGGGGGACAGUACACAGCCAAUGGCUCCAUUGUAGUGCAGCCAUCCCUGGAGCAGCAACAAGCACAGGCCCAGACAAACAUACCACCUGGACAGUUCUUGCUGCCCAGCUCUUUGGCGCUUACUCCGACCAACACCAUCCACAACGGCCCCGCUGACCCCAACUCAAAUACCCUAAUUACCAGUCAGAACGCGGUGCAGAUUGUUGCAGGGCAGAACUUCACUUCACCACCGGGAGGCCAGCUAAUUUUGAAUCAGGGAGUCGUCGGUGGGAGUCAGGUUGGAGGGGGUGUAACUCAAACAUGGACUUGUGCGAGCUCCACCCCUGUGCAGACAUCGUGCACCCCCGGGCGGCUGACUCUGGUUGGCCCUGCGACAGCAGGGAUCAGCGGUCAGUGCCAAGUGACGGCGAGCCCUGUCCAACGCCUCCUAGUGACUCAGACUCAGAAUUGCACUUCUCUGUCCCCUUUACCUGGUACUGUGACACAGGAGCAACAAGACUACAGACAGAAUUCUUCAUCGCCUGCCCUCAAACAGGACAGGCAGGUGCAGCUCAGCAGCAUCCAUGCCAUGACUACCAUGACUCAAGAUUCAACGCUAAACUCUCAGGCCAGCGCUCAGAAGAGACCUGCCCUUCCACCACUUACAAGAGGAGGAAUGAUUUUACAACAGUUGAGAAAGGAUCACGCUGGAGUUCAGACAUCAGAUCGGCGACGGUUUGCUACAAUCGACGAUGCACUGCAAAGACUCCUCCCUUACCACGUGUUCCAGGGUGCUCCACCCAGCCAGGAUGAGUUCUCACUAGUCGAUGAAGAAUUUGAGGUAGUUGCGACUCAGGUGCUGAAGAGGACCCAUGCCAUGGUAAACAAAUACAGACGGCUACUGCUGGUGGAGGCCGAGCGUUCCAGUCCGUCAUCAGAAAUGGUGAUGAUCGACAGGACCUUCAACCAAGAGGAGCGCAGCAACCUGACGCAAGACAAACGCAUGGUACUAGUGGAUCCAGACACCUUCUUGGAAGACUUCUGUUGUGGGAUGAAAUCCAAACUUUUCCAAGAUCCCCUCCCCUCUCAGUCGUUGUCCAGCUGUAGUUGGAAUCAGUCAGACAAAGGCUCCACGGAGCCGCCGUACAGGACAGACUCCCAGUCCGGGUAUGGAGACCCGGGAGGGGGUGGCGGUGGUGGCGGUGCUGCUGCUGCUGCUGUGGGUACAGGCACAGGUGCAGGAGAUAAACUCCACCCUCCACACUUAGAAAACAAGAGCGUCCUGGAACUGAAGAGAUCCCAGCAACACUACGGGCCCAGCAGCGGCAGCAACAACAGCCUCACCGCUGCCAACAGUUAUCCGCAAGGUAACCCCCCCACACCUUACGCAGCAACGCCAGGAGGACAGACUCACUUCCAGGUGUCUCACCACCCGAUCCAGCCCCAGUACACCCCUCAGCUCACAUCACCCCCUCACCCCGACACAGACUCUGCUCUAGAGGCUGCAGUCAACAGCAUCUUGGAAUGUUAAGACUGACGCUCCAUAUCAUCCCUAACGUGUGGAUUCGACCUCUUUUUGUGUGUUUCUUUUUGUCAAACUCUUCCUGUUGUUAUAUUUGUUGUAUUUCCCCCACAACCCCGUGUGAAGAGAGGUUAACUCUUCUUUCAGGUUAUCGUAGCGAUACCAUCCCCGGGGCCAUGUAGCAUGUAUUUUUUUGUUCUUUUAUUUUUGUAGACGCGGGAGUCGAGGGUGCCCGGUGAACGCAGGCACUUAAAAAUCACCUAUAAAGAUCCGGGAAUGUGUGCAAUGCAACAUACUAACCGACGGACAGUGUUUUGUUUAUUUGAACCUUGUUUUAAAGGGGGUAGUGACUUCAGUAGCUUGAAUCCAAGAGUGUCCCUCUCUUCACACGCAUUAAUAUUUUGUGCCAGUUGAUCACCCCCGCCGGCCCGCCCACUACCUAUGCUGAAAAACAGGGAUGAGGAGGAGGGACUAAAAGACGACUCUGUGCCUAAUUGUAGGUUUUUUUUUUUAUUUUGAAGUGUUUACAUGAAGAAGCUCUACUCAUUCACUCGACCCCCCCUUCUUUGCAUUACAAACAAUGCACGCACGCUUCAGCGUGAGGUAGAUUUCACGGUUCAGACGUGUUAAGAUUUCCUUCAAGGUAAGCUCAGUAGAGACACAUUCACAUAGACAAAUUGCACUAAACGUACUGUUGCUUAUUUUCAGGAACCAUACGAGGCUCUUGUCGACGCUAGGCUGAUCAGAAUGUGAACCAAAAUCUAUCCACCUGCUUUUUCAGCUGCCUGCAACGAGGACAACCUCCGAAUCACACUAGAAACCAGUCAAACUAGUCGCGUACAGAUGAGCAGUAGUCGUUUCUUUCUCUCGUGCUUAAGUCACAUUUUCUUUGGCAUUUUUUUUUCUUUUGUACCUUAAAGGUAUGCAAGCCCCCGACGCAGACACAAAGACACAAGACAACAAAUCUCGAUCUCAACCACUUCUUUUUUAAUUUUCUUUCUUUUUUUAUCAUUUCACGGUGUGUUUGUGUCUGAGGUGGGGGUGGGGAGCUCAGUCCUCAGAUUGAGGAAGAUAUGUUACAAUAUCUUUUUUUGUUUUAAUUAUUAUUAUUUUAGAUCUCCUCAUUUUUAGAAAUGAUAUUAAAAAAAAGAAAAGAAAAAAAGAUGACUGUUUUUGUUUGUUGUGACGUGUUUCCACCCCGGCUCUGUGAACACGACAAUGUCGUCGUGAGUUUCAUUGAUUGUACGUAUAUUUGUCUGCCUUCUGCAUACAGUAUAACGAUAUAUUGAUCAUAUCUAUCUAUGCUUUACAACCUUGACAUGUCUAUGUCAUGUGUGUAUGUGUGUUAAUCUGCAUACACCCACACACUGCUCUAGGACUUUGUUCUCAUGUAGUUGGGUUGUUCGAUUGCCAUACUCUUCGACUUUAUUCCCUUUUUUUUUUGUUCGCUCGGUCCUCGUUCUCACUUUUUCAGUGUUUCUAAUUUCAAAGCAUUUCUCAUAUUUCCUGUGUUAUUUCCUCUCAGCAGCGCAACCAAAAUUCAUAAUAGGAGAGAGCGUGGUCUUGUCCAGAAUCACUGUCAGAUCUUUUUUUUGUUUGUUUGUUUUUGUGCCGGUGACAGCAGCAGCUCUGUGGCUGACGCGAAAUGUCUCGAGUUAAAACUUAUCUUACUGUGAUCGUUCAUCAUGAAGAAGAAUUUCUUUUUUUGUUUGACUUGACUUUUUUUUUUGCAAAUCUGCACUAAAGCUAAAGGUUGGAUAAUUU